AUGCCGGUUCCUAAUAUGAAAGAUUAUUGCACUAAAGAGCAUGUUGGGAACAUACCAUUUUUUAGAGAUGUAUUUCGAAGGGAAAGAUUUCUUCAAAUAUUUUGGAUGUUACAUUUGAAUGAAAAUGUUUCCAGAAAUCCAAAUGUAACGACGAGAAUCCAAAAAGUGAGCAAUUUUAUCGAUUAUAUUGAUGAUAUUUUACAGGAAUACAAUUAGCGCAGGAUUAAAACUAAGGUGCUAUUUAACUGGUACCAUUCAAACAAACAGAAAACAUAUUCCAGAUGUGAUUAAAAAACCAGCUGUAACAAAAAAUAAUAAUGUUGCUGCCUAUCGAUCAGGUGAUAUUUUAUUAUUAGCGUGGAAGGAUAAGAGAAUAGUUAUUACAUUAAGCAGUUACGAUACCUCAAGUAUGGAAACUAUACAAAGAAAAUUAAAAGGAGGUAACACCGUCACCAUUAGCAAGCCAAAAGUUAUUAUAAAUUAUAAUUUAAAUAUGGGAGGUGUCGAUAAGGCUGACCAAUAUGUAUGUGCAAUCAAUAGUUACAUCUUAUAUAAGGUGUCAGCUAGAAAACAAGAUGCCUAUGUCACAUUUUAUGUUUGUCUGGAAAUUGGUGGAAGAACUUGUAGGUGA